AUGGGUGAAAUAAAUAGCGAACCAGUAAUCAAGUCCUUAUUGGACACUGAUUUGUAUAAACUAUUCAUGCAUGCUGCAGUGAACAAACAUUUUCCUGAUGUUCCAGUAACUUAUAAAUAUACCAAUAGAACCCCACAUUUGAAAUUGACGCCCGAUGCAGUUGCGUGGUUAAAGAAACAAAUUGACUCUUUGGGGAAUUUAAGAUUCACUGAUGAAGAAAUCAAAUAUUUACACACCGCUUUGCCACAAUUACCAGCUGACUAUUUGAAAUACUUGGAAAAUUUCAAAUUGGAUCCUAAAUCACAGAUUAAAUAUUCAGAUGUAGCUCCUGAAGACUUCACCUUAGAAAUACACGGAAAGUGGAAUGAUACGAUUUUAUAUGAAAUCCCGAUAUUAGCCUUAGUUUCCGAAGCUUACUUUAAAUUCGUUGACACUGAUUGGAAUUAUGAUGGACAAUAUGAACUUGCGGUGGAUAAAGCUCAGGCAUUGAUAAGACAUGAAUGCAGUUUCAGUGAGUUUGGUACUAGACGUAGAAGAUCAUAUGAAACACAAGAAGUUGUCAUCAAAGCAAUUAAAGAUGUACAAAGUCAAACUGGUUCCAAAUACGUUGCUGGUACUUCCAAUGUGUAUUUUGCCAUGAAAUACGAUUUGAUGCCUAUUGGAACUGUUGCACACGAAUGGUAUAUGGGGAUUGCAUCGAUAACUCAAGAUUACAAACAUGCAAAUAAAUUGGCUAUGGAUUAUUGGAUCGAUACUUUUGGCGCCGAGCAUGCUGGUUUGGCUUUGACUGAUACUUUUGGUACUGAUAAUUACUUGUCAAUGUUUGUUUCUCCAUAUGUCAACCAAUACACUGGGGUUAGACAAGAUUCAGGAGAUCCAGAAUUAUAUGCCGAAAAGAUCGCUCAUCAUUAUGAAAAGUUAGGAAUUCCAACAAACACCAAAGUUAUUUGUUUUAGUGAUUCAUUGAAUGUGGAGAAAUGUUUCAAGUAUAAACAAAAGUCCGACCUGUUGGGUUUGAUUAGUACUUUUGGUAUUGGUACUUUCUUCACCAAUGAUUUUAAGAAAUUGUCGACUGGUGAAAAAUCACAACCAUUAAACAUUGUUAUCAAAAUUAAAGAAGCCAAUGGUAAACCAGCCAUUAAAAUUAGCGACAACAUCGGCAAGAACAUGGGUGAUGCAGCAACUGUUGAAAGAGUGAAACAAGAGCUAGGAUACACUGAAAGAUCUUGGUCUGAAGGAGACGAAACUCAUAGAUGGACCAAUGGUAAGUAA